UCUCAAAACAUUUAGAGGUUAGUUUGUCAUAACCUAUUUCUCACCACGUUUUUUAUCAUUAAUUCACUUUUAAUCCAAUAAAAAUGGAAUAUAUGCAAGAAAUUCAACCUGAAAACAUAAAAGGACAAAUAUUAUGUUGCGAAUGUGGAACAGCAAUCGAUCCAAACCCGACAAAUAUGUGCGUAGGUUGUUUAAGAACCCACGUGGAUAUAACCCAAGACAUUCCAAAGCAAUCGACCUUGUAUUUUUGCCGUGGUUGUGAAAGAUACCUUCAACCUCCAGCAGAAUGGGUUCAUUGUGCUUUAGAAUCAAAAGAACUCAUGACAAUUUGUUUAAAAAAGUUAAAAGGUCUUAAUAAGGUUAAACUUAUUGAUGCUACAUUUAUUUGGACGGAACCCCAUUCGAAACGGAUUAAAAUAAAAUUAACAGUUCAAGCUGAAGUUAUUGGAAAAGCUGUUUUGCAACAAGAAUUUGUUGUUGAAUUUACUGUAAAUCAUCAAAUGUGCGAUAAUUGUCAUCGUUCGGAAGCACAAGAUUAUUGGCGUGCUAUGGUUCAAGUUCGACAAAAGAGCGAGAAUAAGAAAACGUUUUUUUAUUUGGAACAAUUAAUUUUAAAACAUAAAGCGCAAGAAAAUACUUUGGGAAUUAAACCGAUUCAUGAAGGAAUCGAUUUUUAUUAUGCAACGGAAGGUCAUGCUCGAAAAAUGGUUGAGUUUAUUAAUUCUGUACUUCCUUGUAAAUAUCAACAUUCAAAAAAGUUAAUUUCUCAUGAUAUUCAUUCGAAUGUUUAUAAUUACAAAUUUUCUUAUUCCGUUGAAAUUGUUCCCAUUUCAAAAGACAGUGUUGUUUGUUUACCAAAGAAAUUAACACAACAAUUAGGUGGAAUCUCUCCAAUUUGUUUGGUCUAUCGGGUUACAAAUACUGUUCAUUUAAUUGAUCCAGCUAACGCACAAAUUGCUGAAAUAAAUAGUACAAUUUAUUGGCGAUAUCCAUUCAAUUCGAUUUGCAAUCCAAGACAAUUAACAGAAUUUAUUGUAAUGGAUAUUGAACCUAUUUUGGAAAAAGAUAAAAAAUAUUUUCCUGGUCAAGGAGCAAUAUCAACUAAGCAUGUCCCUGCUGAUGCUUGGGUCGUUAAAGCUUCCGAUUAUGGGAUUGUUUCUGAUACAAUUCAUACUCGCACUCAUUUGGGGCAUGUUUUACGAGCUGGAGAUUCGGUUUUGGGUUACAACUUACAAGAUUCGAAUGUAAAUGACAACAAUUUCGAUAAAUUAGACUCAAAAAUGAUUCCAGAUGUAAUAUUGGUUAAGAAAUUUUAUCCCGAUAAGAAAAAGAAGCAAAGAAUUUGGAAGUUGAAACAUAUUACAAUGAAUGACGAGAAUCCGUUUCAAAUCGAUAGGGAUAAUAGGGAUUAUGAUGAAUUUUUGGAUGAACUUGAACAAGAUCCGGCUUUAAGACAGAAUGUUCAUAUUUUUAAAGAUUCCACAAAAGUAAUUCCAAUUGAUAGAGAUGAUAUGAGUGAAGAAAACGAUGGAAAUGGGAUUACACUCCAAGAAAUGUUGGAUGAUUUGGUUAUUGAUGAUGUUGAAAUGGGGGAAUAAAUUUAUUCUUUAAUAAAUUAAAGUUUAUUUUAUCUUUAAA